CUCAAAUAGCUACUUGAUCAUUCCAUAGCUCUUGUCUGAAUCGGUAAACAAGGAAAAAAACAAGACUAGUGAAAUGGGGCUUUGUAUUUCAUCCAUUUUCUCUUCCCCACCUUCCAAAACAGGUCUCCAUAGUCAUGCCUCGACAAACAAUAGCGUCGGAGGAGGAAGCGAAUUCUUGGAGGCUGCAAGCGAGAGUGCCGGUGGGAUUAUGAGUGAUUCAGGGCAGAUACUGGAACCGCCAAAUCUCGAAGUCUACAGCUUUUUUGACCUCAAGAUAGCGACGAAGGGUUUCAAACAGGAUUUGAUGGUGGGUGAAGGAGGCUUUGGUAAAGUUUAUAGAGGGUGGAUCCAUCCUGAGACUCUUGCACCUUCUGUAACCGGCUCCGGUUUGACCGUGGCCGUCAAAAGAUUGAGCUCCGAGAGUGUUCAAAGGUUUGAAGACUGGCAAACAGUAAUUAAUUUCUUGGGGGUUCUUUCACACCCAAAUCUGGUGAAGCUAUUAGGAUACUGCCAUGAAGACAAAGAGCACUUGCUUGUCUACGAGUUCAUGCCCAAAAGAAGCCUGGAUUAUCAUCUUUUUGAACGAAAAGAGUCAUUUCCUUGGGAUUUAAGGAUCAAGAUUAUGAUCGGUGCAGCACGUGGCCUUGCAUUUCUACACGGCUCACAAAGACAAGUCAUCUACAGAGACUUCAAACCUUCCCAAAUACUGCUCGACUCGAAUUAUGAAGCGAAGAUUUCAGGUUUUGAACUAGCAAAGUUAGGACCAUCACAAGGAAAUUCACACGUUUCGACUAGGGUCAUGGGAACAAUUGGUUACGCUGCUCCUGAAUAUAUGGCAACAGGACAUUUAUACGUCAAGAGUGAUGUAUAUGCCUUUGGUGUGGUCUUACUAGAAGUAAUGACUGGGCUAAGAGUGUUUGACCGAAAACGACCUCAGGGACAAGAGAGUCUAGUUGAUUGGUUAAGACCAAAACUCUUAAGCAAACACAAAGUGAACCAAAUAAUGGACAAAGGAAUCAAAGGUCAAUACUCUUCCAAGGUGGCUACCGAAAUGGGACGUAUCACUCACUCUUGUACCGAACCAGACCCAAAAAACCGACCUCACAUGAAAGAAGUACUCGACGUACUCGAAAAUAUCCAACGCAUUAACGUCGUCCCAGCAGGCCCUUAAUUCUUCUUCUAAUUCGGUCUGUGCGAGUUCUUCUCACUCCUCCCCUCAUCACUAUAUAUAAAGUAUUAAUAAUGAGUUGGCGCAGUUGAAGGUAAACGACGGCGUGGAUGAUUUCGAAUAGAGAAAUAAAUGGUUGUUUGAUGUUGUUUUUUUUCAAGGCACGAUAAUAAGGUUUUGUAGUCUCUUUGGUUUUUAUGUUCUAAUGUGUUUGGUGAACUCCCAUAUUAUUAUAGUGCAUUGUGUUUUCUUUUUGUGCAUUAGAGUAACUCAAAUGUUGCAAUAUAUAUGUAAACUUUUUUUUUUGUGACGAUAUAUAUGUAAACUUUC